UUCUGUAAAUGUUGGUUUGUAAUUGUUUUGCUAAGCUAUUAGACGGAUUGCAAUUAGUCUGAUUUUGAACUUUUCAAAUUGUUAUUAAAACAUGGAUCGUAUUUUACACGGACCAAAACUAUUAACACAUAUUCCAUUGGUAUCUCUUGGAACUAGAUUAUUUGAUAAACUCAAAGAAAAAGAUGACAACGUUUUAUUUAUUGAUGUUUCAACUGAUCAAAAGAUUACAAACAAAGAAUUUUUAAUUUUAUCUUAUAAAUUAGCUGAAAGUCUUCGAUGUUGUGGUUUUAAACAAAACGAUGUUUUGGUCAUUUCUGGGGAAAAUAGUGUUUUUUACUACGUUCCUGUAGUUGCUGGAUUAUUUCUUGGAAUGAUUUCUGGAUUUAUUAAUCAAACUUACACGAAAAAUGAAUUUUUACAUCUGUAUGAUAUUUACCAACCAAAAAUUGUUUUUAUAUCUUCGAAAUUAUUAAAUAUUUUUAUUGAAGAAAAAAGUAAAUUUCAAGAUUUAAAAAUAAUAAUCUUAGACGAUGAAGAUGUUUCAGGCUACGACACUUUAAGUACGUUUAUAGAAAAAAAUUAUAACAAAAAUUUUUGCAUCGAUAACUUUAAACCUAAAGACGUCAAUCCAAUUGAUCAAAUCGCUUUUAUUACCUCUUCUUCUGGUACAACCGGAUUACCAAAAGCUGUUAUGAUAACUCACGAUAACAUAUCAAUGAGAGUUAAUCAAUUAUACGACCCUAGAGUUUCCUUGGUAAAAGAAGAAAUCGUGUUUUCAAUACUCCCAUUUUUCCACGUUUUCGGCUUAGUAAUAAACAUAGCUGCUGUAAUAAGAGGUAACCAAAUUAUUAUGAUGAAACGGUUCAACGAAAAAUUAUACUUAGAAUCAAUCGAAAAACACCACAUAACACAUCUAGCGAUCGUCCCAACAAUUGCUUACACUUUAGUUAAGAGUCCUAUUUUUAAAAAUUACAACGUUUCGACAAUCGAAGAACUUUUUUGUGGAAGCAACUCUUUAAGCGAGAAAGUCGAAGAACAACUCGUCGAGUUAUUUCCAAAUUUAAAAUGUUUUCGUCAAGGGUAUGGUUUAACGGAGGCAACAUUAGGGGUAGUAAUGAUGCGAACUGGUGAGAAAAAAGUUGGAUCAGCAGGAAAAGUAGUUCCUGGAAUGUCGCUUUGUAUUUGCGAUGAAUUUGGAAAACGUUUAGGAGCCCAUGAACGUGGUGAAAUUCUUAUAAAAGGUAGAAUGGUUACAAAAGGUUAUUAUCGUAACCCAGAAGCCACUAAAAAUAGUUUCGUUGAUGGAUGGUUGCACACUGGUGAUUAUGGUUAUUACGACGAGGAAGGAUUCGUUUUUAUCGUCGAUAGACUUAAAGAUGUCAUUAAAUAUAAAGGGUUUCAAGUGUCACCGGUUGAAAUCGAGGGGAUUUUAAUAUCACAUCCAAAGGUGAAAGCGGCUUGCGUUGUUGGUACACCAGAUGAAUUGGCCGGGGAAUUACCCACUGGAUUUGUGGUUAAACAACCCAAUGUAGAUGUAACUGAAGAUGAAUUGAUUCAAUAUGUAGCAGAACGAAUAUCGAAAACGAAACAUUUACGAGGAGGCAUUUAUUUCGUGGAAGAUUUACCAAAAACAUCGACAGGGAAAAUAAAAAGAAAAGUUUUAAGAGAUUCUUUUAAUUGUGUUUAGUAAUAACACGUUUUACUAGUUUUUGAAUAAGUAUUGCACGUAGUUUUUUUUAGAAUCAAGUACAAUACAGUUAUUAAUGACAAUAAUAAAAUCUAAAAAAAAUACUGUUUCCCAACCUAUUAUUAACUUAAGCACGACGGCUUUCACGGUCGGUGUGAAUUCAACGGCAAAACCCGAAAGUUUCUAGUGUUAGUUCUAGCUUUAGUUCUAAUUUUAGUUCAAGUAUUAUUAACUAUUUGGAACCAGUAAAUUUGUAUUAAUUGCACUGUUGAUGUUCAAGUGACGUUGAAGGCAUUUAUGAAUGUUAUGUUGAUUCUGACCUGUCUGAUACUACCAAAGAUAAGACAUCUCAUUUAUCUCUGUUUUACCAUGCAUUGAUUACAAUUGUAAUCCAUGUUUUUUCAGGUGUUAAACAAAACAAAGGCUUUCAAAAAAUAAAUAUUAAUUUUUUUACGAC